GUUUGCGUUGGUGGUUUGGAGAACUUUUCUGCUUAGAGCCUCUGCAAUCAUUUUCCUUUUUUUUUGUCCUGUUAUUGUUUUUCUUGUUGAACUCUGGGGUCCAUUAGGGCACAGCUUGAGUGUGGAAUGGCUGAACUGGUGCGAAUCCGUAAGAAACGGCUGCAGAUCCCCAUCUCUAGGCUGAGGAGCAUGCUCAAGCAGCUGGAGGAGAAAGAUGUUGACUUUGAAGAAAUCAAAAAGAAUCUGGAUUUCACAGCGUCAUUACUGGAGGCAGUUUAUCUCGAUGGAUCAAGGCAGUGUCUGGAGUCUGAGGACGACCUUCAGCAGCUGCAGUCAGACGGCGUGCCUUCAGAGGUCACCGACUGGCUGGCUUCCACCUUCACCCAGAGGGUUCGGCGGCCUGUACGACGCCCAGAUGAGAAGCCCAAGUUCCGCAGCAUUGUGCAUGCAGUGCAGGCUGGGAUAUUUGUGGAGAGGAUGUUCAAGAGGGCCUACACUGCCGCCAUGCCAGACGAACCUGCAGUGGUCGUAAACUGCCUCAGGGAUGUUGACCGCUGGAGCUUUGACGUGUUUGCUCUGAACUCCGCCAGCUCUGAUCACUCCCUACGAACUCUGUUCUUUGAGCUGAUCACCAGAUAUGGCCUCAACAGCCGUUUUAAGAUUCCCAUCUCAUGUCUGACAGAGUUCCUGUCUGCAUUGGAGAGAGGAUACAGCAAACACAAAAACCCCUACCACAGCCACGUUCAUGCUGCUGAUGUGACUCAGACGCUGCACUGCCUGCUUCUGCGCUCUGGACUCGUGCACUGGCUGACAGAGCUUGAGGUGAUGGCGUCACUAUUUGCCGCAGCCAUCCAUGACUAUGAACACACAGGGACCACAAACAACUUUCACAUCCACACAAAGUCAGAGUUUGCGUUGAUCUACAAUGAUCGGUCGGUACAGGAAAGCCAUCACCUGAGUGCAGCGUUUCGCCUGCUGCAGGACGACCAAAUGAACAUCUUCACCAAUUUGACAAGAGAGGAAUGGAUGGAGCUGCGAUCACUUGUUAUAGAGAUGGUGCUGUCCACAGACAUGUCCUCCCACUUACUGCAAAUCAAAGGGAUGAAAUCCUGUCUACAACAACAAGAAAGGAUUGACAAGCCAAAAGCACUGUCUCUGUUACUCCACACGGCUGACAUAAGCCAUCCAUCCAAGCCCUGGGCACUGCACUCUCGCUGGACCACGGCCCUGAUGGAGGAGUUUUUCAGGCAGGGUGAUAGAGAGGCAGAGCUCGGCCUUCCCUUCUCUCCUCUGUGUGAUCGAAAAAGCACCCUGGUAGCCGAGUCUCAGAUCGGUUUCAUAGACUUCAUUGUGUAUCCUACAUUCUCUCUGCUGACGGACAUGGCUGAAAAGAUUGUUAUUCCUUUGGUGGAGGAAAACCCAGGUCCACCAGACCCCUGCAACAGACACAGUAAUCUGUGGAAGGAGAGCUCCAGAGGUCUGCAGUGGAGUCUCGCUCAUAUCACAGCUGAGCUGGUGAGCUUCCGCUCCACUUGGACACGACACACCGAAGACAACAAGCUCAAAUGGAAGGAAAGUGGCUCAAAUGGAUUUUCAGACCCUAGUGUGACAAAAGUGCAGAGAUCCAGACAAGAGGGGCCGUCAGAAAAAUCCCUGCAAGACCCCACUACAGAUUCAAAACAGUAGACAGAACUUCAUUUAUUAUGUGCUUCUUUUUUUUUUUUUUAAAUAGAAUAUCGUCAAAGAUGGUUAAUGCCGAGUCACUGUUUGUAACAAAUCCUUCUUAUAUGGUGAUUGUGGGAGCUAUUUAAGGUUAAAUUCAUCUUUCACAGAAAUGUCCUCAUGUCUUAUUUUAUAGUUUACUCUGAUAAUUUAAAUGCAAAGUGUACAUGCUGGCCAUGGUAUACCGCAUCGUGCAUGUUAUUAAUUUAAUUUGCCACCGAAACACUUGUAAGGAACAUUUUACAUGUAAUAGUUUUACCUGUACACAAAUCAUUUAUUGUUAAAACCAUAAAACCAAUAAAUGUUGAAAUGUACGUAUGUCAAUAUGUGUCAUAUGAUUCAUUAUAAGGCUGGCCUUGUUAUGGUGGAUAUUGUGCCUUGUUGUUUUUUGAUUAAAACAUUUUAAAGUAUUUAACUGCAAGGUCUAAGGCCCUAAUCUUUGAUUGAACUGAAGCUGCCAUCUUGCAUCAUUUUAACUAAACUAAAUUAUUAUAUUUAGUUCCACGUCUGCAAAAUUAAUUACAACAGAUUCAGUGGCUUAUUCAGCAAACCCAUAAAAAUAAUUAGUUUUCAGCCCAAAACGUAGUGCACAUUUUGACAUAAAAGGCCAACUCAAGUGGUGUCCGAGAUGUUUCUUUUUUUAUAUGGAAUCCCUUUUUAAAGUAAAAUAAAAUAUGUUGUUAUGUGUUUAAAAAUUAAACACAUAACAACUAUUGCACUUCUGUCCAUCCUGGGAGAGGGAUCCCUCCUCUGUUGCUCUCCUUAAGGUUUCAUCCUUUUUUUCUCCCCGUUAAAGGUUUUUUUGGAGGAGAUUUUCCUGUACCGAUGCAAAUUUGUGAUUUGUAAUUUUGGGCUACACAAAAUAAAUUGAAUUGAAUUGAAUUAAACCACUUGCGAGAAUUCAGUCAAGCAAAAAUAGUUUGACUGUAAGAGGUGAUGUUUGAAGCACAUACAUUAUGACCAUGUUUGGAUCUAAUGAAGGUGCUAAAUGUGAAUGUCAUUGAUAUAGCACUAAAAAACAAUUUGUUAUAUGAAGAUAUAGCGGAGAAGAGCAUCAUCCUGAGCAGAGAAUUAAUUCACUCUCCCUCUAUAUGUGCUGUCAUCCGAGCUUCUCUGCGCCUUGUAUAUGGUCCAACCGAGCGUGCAUGUUUGUGCUCAUACGGUGGUUCUCGAUGAAAACGCAGCAUCGCCACAGAGGUAUACCGUACACUGCAACAGCGGCAACUUUAGUCUUUUACUCUCAGGAAAUCCUGCAGCAUAUCCACCUGCAACAUGCUUUAGUAGCAGAAACUUACAAUAGAAGGGAUCAAUCUCACAAAUGCACUUGAAAAUGUCGGUAUAGAUGUCACAUGUAGUUUAAAUUACCAGUUUACCCAAAAUCCCAAAACAGUCCUGUGUAUGAAAAAUGUACGUGUUUUUAUGCUCCUGGCUCUGAGUACAUUUGAAUUAUUUAUUUGCAGAGUGCCCAUUUUUAGGAUAUAGGCAACCUCUAAAGACGUGCAGUGAUGUCAGAAACUUGAAGUUUAACUUGAAGUUUUUGGAGACUUUUCCCAAUAUAUCUAGUAUUUGUGAUGUUUUAUUAGUAAAGCAUGUCCUUGUUUACAUGCUUUGGACAUUAAAGACUUUGUUUGGAGCAGACAUCAUGUUGAGUCUGACUGUCAAACAUACUUUUAACUUGACUGGAUGCAAAAUUCCCAGAUAAGUACGAAAGAAAAACAGCCAAUGACCAAUUUAAACAUUUUAUUAUAUCAAACAAAUUUAGAUUACAGAUGUAAUCAUUAAUCAAUUCAAGUAAAAUUGGAACAAAACUCCCUAGAUUAAAUCCAUGUAAAGUACACUAUUACCAUUCAAAAACAGAACAAACAUUACAUGGUCCAUAAAUAUACUGCAGAAGAAGAAAACAAAAGCUUGCACAGGAAUGUUUUCAUUGUCUUUCUUGUUCAUUGUGGUCAUUGCAAUUAUCAAUACUAGAGUGGCUUUAGUUUACUGUUUCAGUCUGUUUUAUUUCUUUCAGGCAUGUCAAGUGUUCAUGUGAGUGUCAUGAAAGGAUUGUCACAUAAUCUACUGUACAUAAUAAUGCCACUUCAGUGAUACAAAUAACAGAUGAAAUAACAUUUAAGAGUGAGUUGACAACUUUAUAAUGGCAUUGUUUCAAACAAAAGGAAAAGGAAAAGGGAAUGCCAGUCAAUAAAAUCGUUGUCUGGUAUUUUAAAUGUUUGAUUCUCUGUUGAAAUAAGUUCCCCUACAAAUGAAAGCAUAGUACAGAGAAGUCACUGUUCAUCCAGUGCCAUGCAGAAAAGGUUUUUUGAUAGCAUUUAGUUUCCAGAAAAGCAUUCAAGUGUUAAAAAGUGGGUGCAAUUUGUACAUUUUGGUUAUUAGUAUAUUACUGUAAUCAGACUCAUUGUUAAUUGGGAUAUUAGCAGUAAUUACUUGCUACAUUGAAGUCCAACAGAAAUCACAUUUAGUUAUCCCUUCAUGCAGUCAAAAUGAAUGUCAAAAUGUUUUUGUUUAUUUUAAAUGUGUUUUAAAGUUUUUCUUAUUAUUAAAAGGAAUAAAAAUAUCAGAAAUAUUCCAUUUCCUCUCAGUAGUUGGGGGCGCGUCUGUGUUUGAUUGACAGCAGCUAGUAGGUGACUUCUGGAGAGACAAACUAAAAGAAAUGACCUGGUAGCCUCCACACCAUGAGCAGACAGCAUGUUGUUAGCAGUGGUAUUGAAGAGUAAAUACCACACCAUCAUCUAACUGCACAUUUGCA